AUGACUUCCCUCGCAUGGGAAAUCUAUGUCUGGGGUAAAGAUCGAUCAGCUGUCGCCCAUAUGUUGCAACGAUCGGCGUUGAAUUUUCGCGGCAUUGGGCAGAGCAUUCCGUCGCGUGAGCAAAUGCUCAGUCAGGUUAGAAGUAGUGUUUCGCUGGCGAGAAAUGCUCCACAGAAUACCUACCACUGCUGUGAUUUGUCGCUCCCUGGAACCGGAUAUGGAACUAGGCCGGAAAACUGCCAAGGGAUCAUUAUUAUUGUCUGCCAGUACGGACUAGUGUUCUAUUUGAUUCUUUAUAAUGUGUAUAUUGACAUCAUUGCUGCCCGUCAGCUCUUGGCUGCUGUACUUGGCUCCUGCGCUGUCAAUAGCGCCAAGCAGUGGCUGAUGCUCCCUGUGAUCGGACACCAGCCAGCGGCCGACAUGCUCGCGGUCCUUACGGAGUAG